UCUUGCUUUGUCCCUUUUCCAUUAUUAAAACCCUCAAAAUUUUUUUCCUUUUAUCGUAUGGAUUUCUGAUUAAUCGAUGAACAUUCUUCGCCAAAAUCCGAUUUUGAUCCUCGAGGAUGUCCCAGGCGGAUGUGGUUUAUAGCUGUGGAUCAUGUGGAUAUGCAUUGAAUUUAACAUCUUCUAACCGGAUUACUCCUGGAGUAUCAACUGAUUAUAGUAAAUCUAUCAAGAAGGGUGUCAUAUCUUUUCACUCUGUUGAUCUCAGUAGAUUCACUCAAGUGGAUGAGGUAAACUGUCUUCCCUUAUUUUGGGGUCGUUAUCGCACAAGAACCAAGCUUCUCUGCCGUAAUUGUGGAGUUCUCAUAGGUUGUGGAUAUGGAGAGUCAACUGUGCUUUGUGGCUCUGAACCUCCCAGCUCAUCCUCUUUAACUUGCCAAAAAUACAGAAUAAAGAUUCGAGCACUACAGCUUACUGAACAAUGACAGGAUAGAUUCCUUUCA